GUCACAUUUGGCAAUAGUACCCUCUCCUUCUCUGACCUAUUCACAAAAUUGCCCCGUCUCUUCUCCACACAGUAUAAGAAUGCUGCACCGUGACAUGACUCUGUAGUAGAGAGAGAGAGAGAGAGAGGUAGACAAUGGGAGUUAUGAAGAAGUGGGCGUCGCUGAAGAAGAAGAAGCUGCAACAAGAGGAGGAACAAGUGACGGCUAAAGAAACACAGACAUGGCAGCGAUUAAGGAAUCUGUUUUCAACGUCGUCUUCGUCUUCGUCUUCGUCGGCGAAGUGGAAGCGAGUUGAGAUAAUAAUGCUGACAGAGAUAGUAGACGGAGUAGUUUACAAGGUCAUGUAUGUAGUUGAAGCUUUCGUUCUCGUUUCCACGCUCUGCUUCUUCUACCUCUGUUGUGGAUGCCACAUUUGAUCCAAUUUUUGUUUCUCUCAUUAUAUUAUUCUUUCCAAUUCAUACUUCCUCUCUUAUGGGGUUUAGUGUUAGUCUCAGUUUUAUACAAAUAAGCUUAUAUGUAAUCUGAUCAUUCCAUCUUGUAGUUCUACAUUAUAAUGUUAGACUCUGUUAUUCAA